UGCGUACAGCGCUGGGAAGCCUUCCGGCCAGGCUCGCGACGCAUGCGCGGUUGGGCCUCCGUCUCUCGCAGCACCGUCUGUUGGCCAUGGGAGCGGCGGCGGCCGAGGCGGACCGGACCCUCUUCGUGGGGAACCUGGACCCCGGCGUCACCGAGGAGCUGCUCUUCGAGCUCUUCCUUCAGGGGGGCCCGGUGUUGAACGUGAAGAUCCCGAAGGACCGGGAGGGGAAGGCGAAGUCAUUUGCCUUUGUGAACUUCAAACACGAGGAGUCCGUCCCGUACGGCAUGAGCCUCCUCAACGGGAUCAAGCUCUUCGGGAGGCCCCUCAAGAUACAGUUCCGAUCAGGAAGCAGCCAUGCAUCUCAGGACAACGGCGCCCUCUACUCCUCUCAGAAUGGGGGCCUCUCUGUCGCGCAGCAUCAACAACAAGCGCCAGCCACAAAUACCAACAGCUGGUACGAGAGGAGCACAGAGAACUUUUCAGCUGCUUCAUCGUCAUCGUCGGUGUCGCGGUCUUUCUCCUCCUUUCCCCUGGAAAACCUCCAGAGACAAGCGGUGCUGGUGAGCAGUGGUGGAGCGUGGCAGCAGCAGCAGCAGGCCUCCCCCCUGCGCGUGGAUGCGAGCUUCCCCUUCCUGCCCCCGCCGUGCCGUCCUUCUCCGUGGUGCCACGAGGCCUCUUCUCUGGCGCAGCGCAAGGCCCGCCCGGCCUCCCGCCCCUACCCGGCCGAGGGGCGCCACUACGGCCGCGAGCAGCAGCCAAUGGCCAUGGCGCAGCGGGGCGGCGACCAUUUCCACCCCCACGGCGGAUGGAGCCACGAUUACAGCCCCCACUCCCGCAGGGAGGGCAAGUGGCAACGGCCCUCCCGACAUUGAGGCGCGCACACGAGCCACACACCGUUCACCCUUCUUCCUUCUUUUGCAUUGAGGCAGACCCUUCGCAAUGCGCUCCCCACACUACCCUCUUGCGGGUGAGGUGGACCGAGGAGGAGGAGGAUGGGGGUUGGAAACACCCGACCCGAGAACCCCAAAAAGAAAGAGAUCCUUUUUAUAAAAAUGUGUGUUUUUUACAAAAUAAUAAUUCACCUCCAUCAUCUAUUUUGACAGAAGCCGGUUCCUGUUUGAUGGGAUAAUGAGGCGGUUCUUCUCUCUCCUUCCCUUUUGCUUUUUUUAAUGCAAGGGAGGCUUUGUAGGCAGCGACUCCACCAGUUGCUCCACAGCUUCUCAACAGAAGAGAUCCUUAGAUAGAUAUGGAUAUGGAUAUGGAGGUAAUUAGAUAGAUAGAUGUCUCUCUGAUCUCUCUCUCUCUCUCUUCAAUAUGGAGAUAGAUAUAUGGAUGUGUGUGUGUGUGUAUAUAUAUAUAUGGAUCUGGGAGUGAUUGGAGAGAUAGAUAGAUCGAUCUCUCCCCAAUGUGUAUCUAUCUUUCUCUUCAAUAUGGAGAUGGAUAUAUAUACAUGGAUAAUCUAUCUAUCUAGCUCUUCAAUUUGGAGAUUGGUAAAUAGAUGGAUUUGUGUGUGUGUGUGUGUGUGUGUAUGGAGAUAUAUAUGGAUCUGGAGGUGAUUGGAGAGAGAUAUAUUUCCAAUUUCUCUCCAAUAUCUACCUAUCUACCUGUCAAUAUCUAUCAGUCUAGCAAUAUCUAUCUAUCUCUGAUCACUUCCAGUCUGUAUUUUGGCAAAAUCAGCUCCGUUUCCACUUUAUUGUCCGUUGUCAGGAGGAAAAGAGGGAAGGGGAAACGGCCGCCGUGUAUUUUAUUAUAAAAGAGGAGGAGGGGGAAUCUGAGACGAUGCAGCAUUUUGGUUGUGUUUUAAAGAAAACCACGAAUACGGACAUUAUUUUUCUAGGCGCUGAAUGCUUUUUGGGGUCCUUGUUGAGAGACUGUUCAGAGGUGAAAGACUUUAUACUGAAAAUGUGCUCAUUAUUAUUAGUAUUUUCUCGUGGAUUUUUAAAAAAAAUAUAAAGCCAGCAGUAUCAGGAGGACGUUUUGUUUUUCCCCCCCCAAACCAGGAAAGUGAUUAAAAAACCUCUCAGGAAACCAUCGUAUUGUGUGUAUACAUAUAUAUAUUUGUGUGUGUUUUUAUAACGAGCUUUUAAAAAUCUAAAGCAAAGCAAGUAUUGAUAACCGGAAUUGAUUGAAUAGCUACAGAAAACAAUUACAAAAUGAAAACAUUUGAUUUUGGAGUUAAAUACGGAAAAAGCGAAAAUCGAUGUCUGUCCUUAGAAGUAUUGGUCCGAAUGGUAUUAUUCCAGAAAGUUAUAUUGAAGUUGCUGUUUGGAAAUCAAAGCAGUGAUAUUGAUAAAAUAUUGAUAAGUUUUCAGAUGGGAGAAAAAAAAACAUUCCUUUAAUUUGUGUACAUCUCUAUAUUUUCACGGGAAUAAACAUCUUUUCAAACUUUC